AUGACACAAACAAGGAACAAGCGCGUGCAGAGGUUCCCCAAUGACCCAAUAUUCAAUCAACUGGCCUCUCUUGCGGCACAAGUCAAGCGACCGAUUAUCCACGACCCAACUGGCCUUGAGUUUACUUACAAUCGACUCUUGAACGAUGUUUCACGGCUGCGCGCUACCUUGAGAGAGAGUCUGCCGCCCUCUUCCUUUGACGAGCAAGGAAUUAUCAAUCAGGAGCGCCCAUACGUUUGUAUCCUAGCUGAUGCCGAUUACAAUUUCAUCGUUUCUUUUAUUACCAUUCUGGCCAUGGGAGGAGUCGUUGUGCCUUUGGCGUCUGGUGUCCUUCCCGAAGAGGCCAAGUAUUUCUUUCAGAAGACGAAGUCCAGUAUCUUGCUCGCGUCGGAAAAUCGCAUCACGCAAUCGGUUGCCAUCAAGGAAUACAUCUUUGAACAAGCAAGCACCGAUAUAGCAGUUGUUCAGAUUCCUCAGACCGAGGAAAAUCUUCAAAAUUUUGAGAUUGCAACUGAUGAUCACUUGACAUUCACUCCCGAGCAGCCAGCAGUAGUCAUCUUCACUUCUGGAACAACUGGCCGGCCCAAGGGUGUUGUGUUUCCUCGUCGCAGGUACCAAUAUCCGUCCAGUACCGAUUACAAUAGGGUUGUUAUAUCUUAUCGCCCACCGCAUUGGGUUGGCGGCUUAAGGUCGUUGAUUCAGCCUGUCCUCCAAGGUCAUGCGGUACAUAUUCUUCCAAACAGACCUGGACCGGAUGUCUUCUGGGAGUACUUUCGCAAGGUCCCGUUCACUCAUAUGUCUUUGAAUCCGACAAGCCUCAGAGAGCUCCGAGACUACUUCGAAAACAACCUCAGUCAUCUUCCCCAGGAGGACUUGAACCAAUACCUGCAAAAUCUUAGGAAUCUGAAUGAUAUUGCCAGCUCUGGUGCUAUGAUUGAAGAUAGUACUCUCCAGUUUUGGCGCGAUAUUCUAGGAAAGAAUAUCAUUAACAAUUCCUACGCACUAACGGAGACGGGACCUGUGACGAAAACGCAGACUGGCUCCACACUGAAGUACUCAGUUGGUGUACCUUGGCCUUGGGUCUCCCUGAAGUUAUCCGACGGGGACUAUGGAGAAGCUUUAGUAAAGACUCACCUGUCAUUCUCCGAGUACCUGGAUGACGAAGAGGCGACCAAGCGUGCUUUCGACGAGGAGGGAUACUUCCGAACUGGAGACAUUUUGCGCCGCGUUGGAGACCAAUAUGUCUUCGAAGGGCGGGUCUCAACUGAUUUUGUUCUAUUUUACGGGUACCGCAUCCCUAUAGUCGAGCUUGAAGGAAGUCUCAUUGAUCUCCCUUACAUCAAAGAGGCGUAUGUGAUCGGGGCUCCAGAUCACGAAGCAAAAGAACUUGCAGCAGCUAUUGUUCGACUCAAGUCUUGUUCUGACAACGGAGAGGCAAUUACUUUGAAGAAGAUUCGCAAGGACCUAUCCGCAACCCUGGCCACUCACAAAUUGCCAGCGCUUCUGAGGAUUCUUCAAGAUAGCGAAGAAAUCCCACGGACAGCGGGCGGCAAGUCUAUCAAACCAGGACUGCUACAGAAGUUUUUUGGCAUCGAAAACAUUAUCCCUAAAGGGUAUUCAUGGCCCCAUACAGCAUUCUGGGGCAAUGGGAUCGAGCAGGGCCUCAGACAGACGCGACCAUGGGAUUGGUGCGGGUUACAGCGCAGUGAUUAA